GGCACCCAUAGCUUGGCCAGAUGCGCCUGCCAUGAUUCUGUGUGUAGUUGUUAUGGUAUCGUUCCCAAUAUGGUUAAGCGCUGUAAUUUAUGGAUAUAUCUUUCAAUACUGUCAUAUUGGCGUGAUCUUAAUCAUACACACCUGUGACGGUAUUGAAAUUCUGCUUCCUUUGCGCACCCAGGAUCAACUGCACUUUCGCGGGCUAGUAUAAGUAGCGCGCCUCCCUCGUCACCGCGUCUCCAUCAUUUCUGUUCUCC